CCCCCCAAUUUUAAACAUCAUCUCUCCUAUUUUAUUUUAUUUUUGUCUAAAUUUCCUCUAGUUUUCUAACAUGAAAAAUAGAGGAUAUAAAUACACUGCACAACAACCCUUUGCACUCAAAAUACUAGACUAACAUGUCCCUUCUAACUUGUACACUAUAAAUGUUAGCAUUUCCUUCCAUUUAUGACACGUUACAUUUGUAGGGCCCAAACAUUUCAUGCAUAAAAACACACUCACCUUCAUCCUCUUUCUCCCAUACACAAAACACAAUCAUCUUAUAUUCUCUCAAACAAUUUCAAACAUAAUCCACCAUCACUAAGCCUAAGCCAAGAAGCAAGAGCACGACUCUUGUAUAUUCUAUCAAUCUAUUUAUAUAUCUAUAAUCGUAUACAUAUCAAGAACAACUAUCUAGCUAGUAAGAUGUGUAUUCCCAAGCCAUCAUCAACAUCUCCAUUUUUGUGUCCCACAAAAACCAACCUCAUAACUCCAAACCCAAAACUACUCAUAAAUAAUCCUCAUGAUGAUGAAGUUCAAGAUCAAAAUGAACUUCACAGAUGGCCAACUCCAAAUGAGGUGAUAGAGGAAAUGAAAGCCAUAGCUAAAAUAUCAUGUCCAACAGCAAUAACAGGUUUAAUCUUAUAUUCAAGAGCAAUGAUCUCAAUGCUUUUCCUUGGUUAUCUUGGCGAGACAGAACUAGCAGGUGGUUCUCUCUCCAUAGGUUUUGCAAACAUCACUGGUUACUCUGUCAUCUCUGGUUUAGCCAUGGGAAUGGAACCCAUUUGUGGACAAGCUUAUGGAGCUAAACAAUGGAAGAUACUUGGUUUAACACUUCAAAAAACCAUUCUUUUACUUCUUUCAACUUCAAUCCCAAUUUCAUUAACAUGGCUUAACAUGAAAAAAAUCCUCCUUUUUCUUGGUCAAGAUGAAGAAAUUUCAUCAACAGCACAAACUUUCAUUCUGUUUUCAAUACCUGAUCUUUUUUUUCUCUCUUUUCUUCACCCUCUUCGUAUCUAUUUAAGAACACAAGGUAUAACAUUACCAUUAACAUACUCUUCAGCAAUCUCUGUGAUUCUUCAUGUUCCAUUAAAUUUUCUUCUUGUAAUUCAUUUCAAAAUGGGUGUUGUGGGGGUGUCGAUAGCAAUGAUUUUGACAAAUCUCAACCUUUUGAUUUUCCUUUCAUCUUUUGUUUACUUUUCGGGUGUAUAUAAAGAAUCAUGGGUUUCGAUUAGUUUAGAAUGUUUCAAAGGUUGGUCAUCGUUACUUUCACUUUCGAUUCCGUCGUGUGUUUCUGUUUGUUUAGAAUGGUGGUGGUAUGAACUAAUGAUAAUUUUGUGUGGACUUUUGGUCAACCCAAAAGCUACAUUAGCUUCAAUGGGUAUUCUAAUUCAAACAACUUCUUUGGUUUAUGUUUUUCCUUCUUCACUUAGUCUUGGUGUUUCAACUAGAGUUGGAAAUGAGUUAGGUGCAAAUCGUCCUUCAAAAGCACGUUUUUCUAUGAUAGUAUCACUUUUUUGUGCUUUUGGGUUGGGAAUUUUGGCUAUGUUGUUUACAACAUUAAUGAGAAAUCAAUGGGGCAGAUUGUUUACUAAUGAUGUUGAAAUUCUUAAUCUAACGGCUAUGGUUUUGCCAAUUGUUGGGCUUUGUGAGAUUGGGAAUUGUCCACAAACAACAGGUUGUGGUGUUUUGAGGGGUAGUGCUAGACCAAGUGUCGGUGCGAAUAUCAAUUUGGGUUCGUUUUAUUUGGUGGGUAUGCCGGUUGCUAUUGUUCUUGGGUUUGUUUUUAAAAUGGGUUUUUAUGGGCUUUGGAUUGGGUUGCUUGCGGCCCAAGUAUCUUGUGCGGCACUUAUGUUGUUUGUUCUAUGUACAACGGAUUGGAAUGAUCAAGUGGAAAGAGCAAAGAAUCUUACAAAAACAACUUCUUCUUCUUCUAAUUCUACUUUGUUACCAAGAUUCGUCACAAAAACAAUGUGUCAUCACGACGACAACAAUAAUCACCAUGGUUGUUUCGAAGAGAUCAUAGUAUUCACAAAUGAUGAUCAUGAUGGGCCUACCAAGACAUGUACUAUACCCUCACUUGAAACAGACCCACUUAUCAUACCCACUUAAUUAAUUAAUUAAUUCAGUUUGUUUGCGUCCAUUAAUUCCUUCGCGGAGAAUCGAAAUUAUUAGAAUCUCCAUUUAUUAGAUUGUACUACUGUAGAAACAUCUCAUGUAUCAGCUACUAGUAUUUUUUUUCUUUCUUUGUUGUGUAUUACUACUAUUAAUUAAAACUUUACUGAAGCGUUCUUGCAUAUAUUACAAAAUGUGGGAGUAUAAGUAUGU